UUUGUCUUGACUCACAACGACAUGGCUGUUCAUCUCCUCUUUCUUCUCCUCCUCACCAGAUUAACAGGAGUUCACAGUGUAACUACAGUCAGUAAAGUGUCAGUGAAGGCUGGAGCCUCAGUCAUUAUCCCAUGUCUGUAUGACAAACAAUACAUAAACCAUGUGAAAGGUUUGUGUAAAGGAUAUUACUGGGACUUCUGCUCUUAUGUAGUUCAAACAAACCGACGAAAUUCAGGACAGUUUUCAAUCUCUGAUGACAAAAGCCGGAGAAUCUUCACUGUGACUUUUAAAGACUUGACAGCUGAGGACACUGAUUACUGGUGUGCUGUGGAGGUUGAUAGAGGGUCAGAUGUCAGAGAGUAUUUUCAGCUGUCAGUCACUAAAGGCACACCCAGUCUCUAUGUGGAUCAUCAGACGAUUACAGGAUUUAUAGGAGGCAAAAUAACCAUCAGUUGUCACUAUAGAAACUCUGGAGAAACCAAGUGGUGCAGGCUGGGCCGCUCCUGUGUGACAAGUCCAUCUGGCUCAAUAGAUGAAACAACAGUGACCAUCAAUGCAAGUGUCCCCGAUGUUUUCAAUGUGACUAUGAGUGGACUGAGCGCACAGAGCAGCGGCUGGUAUUUGUGUGUCAGUGGAGACCUGCAGAUGCCAGUACAUGUAACUGUUGAUAAGCAACCAACCACCAACGCACCACCUACAACAACUCAGCGUAACAAAAGUGUUUCAGUUGACCUUAAGCGCUUCAUCAUCCCUCUGGGUUUGCUGAUCUUCAUGGUAAUGGUGACUUUGUUCAUCUUGUUUAUGCUGAAAAGACACAAGCAGAGCAAAGAUGAAUCAUCGGCCACAGCGACGGCCAAAGAGGAAGUAACAUACAGCGUUGUUAAGAAAAAGAGAAAAACUCCAGCCCAGGCACAAGAGGAUGUAACAUACAGCGAUGUAAAGCACAAGAGAAAAACUCCAGCCCAGGCACACGAGGAAGUAACAUACAGCAAUGUAAAGCACAAGAGAAAAACUCCAGAUGAGAGGUCGGAUGCUAAGAGUGAUGUGGACGUGACGUACAGCUCUGUGGUUAUUGUUGAACAACAAACUAAGGGUACAUUUUAAGAAUAUCUCAUGCACUGUACACAGUGAAGUUUUUUCCCACAUUUUUUUCAUAGCCACACUGGUACCGUGGCUAUGUGGAUGGUGAUGUCAGUCUGUCGGUCAGUAAGUCCAUCCCUUUGGUUCAGCCUGAAAUAUCACAACAGGUAUUGGGUGAAUUAUUUAUUUUUUUUAAGAUUAUUUUUUGGGCUUUUUGCCUUUAAUGAA